ACAAUUCUUGAGUUAUGACUUAUCUACCAUCUUUACCUGUAAGUCCGACAGUUGCAGCAAAUAACAAACGGCUAUGGCAGUUCCUACCUUAAUCUCAAAAUUGGCCCUUUUUCCUCAACCAAAACGAACCCAAUUCACUACUAAUUCCAAAUUUCUUAUCUCUGCAAAACAAAGAUCCCAAUUUUCAGCAACAAUUAAAAGCAGCUCAUCUCAAAACAUGAAAAAUGCAGCUACUAUUUUGGGGGUCACUGGAAUUGCUUUAGCUACAGUAAUGGUAGGACCUGCUACUGCAAAUGCUUCUGAAAUAGCUGUAAUGGGUUCUUCUUUACAAUUCAAUGAACCUUCUAAUGCUCUCUCCUUACCUACUUGGGCUAUUCAUGUUUCCAGCGUUGUUGAAUGGGUUACUGCAAUGGCUCUGGUUUGGCAAUAUGGUGAGAAGUCUGGAAAUGCUUCUUGGAAGGGACUCUCUUGGGGCAUGGUGCCCCUGCUAGGUGGAGCAUUUUGUGCCUGCACAUGGCAUUUCUUUUACAACUCCGAGUCCCUUGAGGUAUUAGUUGCUUUACAAGCAGCUUUGACAGUUCUUGGUAAUGCCACAAUGUGCAUCGCUGCAUUCCGUAUAUACAGAUCACAGGAGCAAUAAAAAGUUUAUUGACCAUUGAGUUUGGUGUACUUCCGCAAAUUUCAUCACUCAUUAAGCUUCUUUAUCUACCUGAAGCAACAUUGUAUGACGACGAACUUUGUCACAUAUCACACAUAGUUGACACAAAGUAUAUGGAAAUAAGAUAAAGUGGUUAUUCCAUGGUAGGACGUAAAAACCUUUGAGCAAGAAUACCAGUGUGGAUCGAGCUGUCCCUGGAAGAAAAAUUAUUCUGCCUUUUUGGUGGCUGGUGAGUUUGUCAAGAUACUUUCUUGACUUUAUCUUUUCCAGUUGCAUUGUUGUACAUUCUUUAAACUACUCCUUUUAGACAUCUUAAGAUGGCAAUUAUUGACUUUCUAGGAACUGUUGUCAAAUAUUUAUAUCCGAAAUCUUCAACAUUGUCCUUAUUUAUGUACUGUUUUAUAUUCUCCAA